UUUGACGCUCAUUUAGGGGAAUGCGGCGGAUUUCAAUUCUUAAAAAAUGGGAAACCACUGAAUAAGUUGUCAAAUCCAGUACUCCUCGCUUAACUGCACGUCAACUGACUUGGAAUUAAUUCAUUUGCCAAAAGCUGUCUGCUGCAUAUACGCUUAAUAAUCUUAGAUAAAUAGCACUGCGCAUAUUUAUUCGAAGUUCAGUUUAAAUAAUCUCUCAAUUAUGGAUCCUUGGCUGGCCAAAUCUUUUCAGAAACUAAGGGCAGAGGAGGACUUUGCCGAUUGCUCUGUAAUUGUCGGGACGCAAACAUUCCGAUGCCACAAGGUAAUACUGGGUGUGGCCUCGGAUUUCUUUAAGCGCGCCUUUCAGCCGGGCUUUGCUGAGGCUAAGACGGGAGAGCUGCCCAUAAGUAAUGUCACGGCUGACGUUUUUAUAAAGUUCCUGGAUUAUGUAUACAGCUACGAAGAGAAAGCACUCGACAGCUACAGCAACACGGAUAUCAUCAAGCUGAAGGAGUGCGCCAAUAUGUGGAUGGUCGAAUCGCUAAAAGAAGCCUGCGAUGUGAUCAUCGGGAAAAGAAUUCCCAACAUGUUUUACGGGGAUUUGCUAUUGUACUUUGAGCAUGCGCACCACGUUGACGACUUAAUGCUCGUUCGUGAUAUUUCCUCUGCUCUGAGACAAAAGAUAUCAGGUAUUGCGAUCCCUGAAACGCUUUACGAACUGGGCUCAGAUGUGUUCAGGGAGUUUUUAAACACCAUAAAGGGCCGUUUGACAGAAAGAAGGCGUUAUGACAUGGUAGAGAAGUAUGUGGCCAUACAUGGAUUCGUUCUCAACCAAAGUGAACUUAAUAAAUGGCAGUUCCACGGUCUCGCCAAUCAAAUCGAGAAAAACCCCGACACUUCACACCUUAACAAUAACAAACCGUUCGAUUAUGCCAACCCGAAUCCUUUCAAGGUCGAAAAACUAAACUUUUCUGAAACAAACCCAGUGUCCUUGGACCCCAGGUCAAAAAAGAUCAAUAGCGAGUAUGUCAAGGAUCUUUUGAGUUUGAUCGACUAUAUGAAAAUGACAGCUGAUGAGUUUUUUGAGGGCCCUGGAAAAUCCAAAAUGAUGACCUUUGAAGACAAAUUCAAUUUUAUGUACAAAAUAGCUCGUAGAAAAGGCGAUAAAAUCUUCACAUAAGAAACUGUACUAUUAAGCUAACCCGAAUCCGUUCGAGAUCGACAAAAUAAACUAUUCUUAAAACAAACUAUGACCUUUGACUCCAGAUCAAAAAAUAUGAAUAUUGAGUAUGUAAGAGAAUAAUACAAAAUGAGGUGCAUAAUAUAGCUCGUAGUAAUUACUAGAGUUGCAUUUUACAUUUUGAAAUAUUAAAUAUAAAUUAAAUUAUGGGUGCCAGAUUGGCUCCUUCCUUUACCCAUAAUGUUUGGAUAUAAGCGAUACAAUCGCGAUAGUAUCGAUACUUACUCCUCAAACUAUCAGCUCUAGUAAUUACAGCAAACGCCAUAUAAAC